AUGAAUAAUAAUAAAAAACAGUUAAAUUUCACAGAAUGUGUCGCUGUAAAUAUUCAUAGAAUAGAAGUUCCAUCCCUCGUAGAAAUAGGCACGGAGUUUGUUGUUCUUGACUGUCAGUUCAGCACUCACACCUCGGCAACGCUGGGUCUAGUGAUGAAGUGGUUCUUCAACGGAUCUGCGAGCCUGGUAUAUCAAUGGAUCCCACCUCUAAAGCCCCAGGUUAUUGGAUUGCUUAAAGGCAGAGUCGACUUAAAUUUCAGAAUAUCUGAUGAGCCCUUACAGGCGUACCGUGCUAUAAAAAUAAUGAAACCCACGACAGAUCUCAGUGGGGUCUAUACUUGUGUAGUAUCAACUUUUAUGGAAGAGGAUCGGCAAACGAGACCAAUGCUUAUUUACAGUCCUGGUAAAAAUUUUCAUUUUAUACAAGAGAAGAAAUAUGUAUUUUUGGUGACCCUUAUAUGUAUUGCCGAGGACUUAUAUCCGAAACCAGAAAUAAUAAUAUCGGUACAGGGGAGACCUCUAAAUCAAGCUGUGUCAGAAAUGAAAAUGGAUUCGUGGGGACUAUACACUGUUAUAACAAAAGCGGUAGUACACGAUGAUGACGUCACGGAACCUUUCGAAGAGUACACGUGCACUCUCAGCAUACCACCAGCGAACUAUACAGCCAACAGAACAACUGUGUAUUACCCUGGAUUGAUGCCAACGACAUUUAUUGCUGUUUACGAGAUCCAGAAGCCGCAAGAACGACACGCUAACGAUCAGCCGCACAGCAAACCAGGCAAAGAAAUAGUAGAAGAAACUGAUCCAGCAAGUACUACUGGACUAGCUUGA